UGGGAACAUGGUGGCAUGUCUCAGCGGUGUGGUUGAAACAGAGCUUGGUCGGUUGCGACAUCGUGCUCUGCUUUUCACUGUGACUGAAACCACAAAGUAAUCUCUUUGAGAAGUGAAGAUGAGCCACGAGCUGAAGGAGACGUACGCGUGCAUGCCCACGACGGAGCGCGGCCGCGGGAUUCUGAUCUCGGGCGACGCCAAGUCCAACUCCAUCGUCUACACCAACGCCAGAUCGGUGGUCAUCGUGAGCCUCGAGAAUCCCCUUAACGUCUCUGUCUACGGGGAACAUGCCUACCCGGCCACCGUCGCGCGUUUCUCCCCCAACGGCGAGUGGGUCGCCUCCGCCGACGCCUCCGGUACCGUCAGGAUCUGGGGCACGCGAAACGACUUCGUUUUGAAGAAGGAGUUCAGAGUCCUCUCCGGGCGCAUCGACGACCUUCAGUGGUCCCCCGACGGCCUCCGAAUCGUUGCCUGCGGCGAAGGCAAAGGGAAGUCCUUCGUCCGCGCUUUCAUGUGGGAUUCGGGGACUAAUGUUGGAGAAUUUGACGGUCACUCGCGCCGGGUUUUGAGUUGUGCAUAUAAACCCACGAGACCAUUUCGUGUUGUUACCUGUGGAGAGGAUUUUCUGGUUAACUUUUAUGAGGGACCUCCCUUUAGAUUUAAGCUAUCUCACAGGGAUCAUUCAAAUUUUGUUAAUUGUGUAAGAUAUUCUCCAGAUGGCAGUAAAUUUAUUACCGUAAGUUCUGACAAAAGUGGUUUCAUAUUCGAUGGAAAAAGUGCUGAGAAGAUCGGUGAGUUGUCUUCUGAAGGUGGGCAUACUGGAAGUAUUUAUGCUGUUAGCUGGAGUCCUGAUGGAAAACAGGUGUUGACUGUGUCUGCUGACAAGUCUGCAAAAGUAUGGGACAUAUCAGAAGACAAUAACGGAAAGGUGAAGAAAACUUUGACUUGUCCUGGCACUGGUGGAGUUGAAGAUAUGCUAGUGGGGUGCCUAUGGUUGAAUGAUUAUCUUGUCACUGUUUCUCUGGGUGGGAUAAUAUCUAUAUUUUUAGCAAGCGAUCUCGAUAAAGCCCCGACAGCAUUUUCUGGACAUAUGAAAAAUGUUUCCUCCUUAUCUAUUCUUAGAAGUAACCCUAAAGUGCUCUUGUCUAGCAGUUAUGAUGGCUUAAUAGUUAGGUGGAUUCAAGGGAUUGGAUAUAGUGGAAAAGUACAAAGGAAGGAAGGUUCUCAAAUCAAAUGCUUAGUUGCCGUAGAAGAAGAGAUUGUUACUUCUGGAUUUGAUAAUAAGAUAAGGCGAGUUUCUUUACAUGGGGAUCAGUGUGGAGAUGCCGAGGCCAUUGAUAUAGGAAGUCAACCAAAGGACUUGAGUGUUGCACUUCUUUCACCUGAACUUGCUCUAGUUUCAAUUGAUUCUGGAGUUGUCAUGCUGCGUGGUACAAAAAUUGUGUCAACCAUUAAUAUGGGGUUUGUUGUGACUGCAUCUGCUGUCUCACCUGAUGGAAGUGAAGCCAUCAUCGGUGGACAGGAUGGUAAAUUACACAUAUAUUCUAUUUCUGGUGAUACUCUUGUAGAAGAGGCUGUCCUUGAGAAACAUAGGGGUGCUAUUAGUGUCAUACGUUAUUCUCCAGACGUUUCAAUGUUUGCAUCAGGGGAUGUCAAUCGAGAAGCUAUAGUGUGGGACCGUGCCUCCCAUGAGGUGAAGCUUAAGAACAUGUUGUAUCAUACUGCUAGGAUAAAUUGUCUUGCAUGGUCACCUGAUAGCCGUAGGAUUGCCACAGGGUCGCUUGACAUGUGUGUCAUCAUAUAUGAAAUUGAUCAGCCUGCAUCUAGUAGAAUUACCAUAAAGGGUGCUCAUUUAGGUGGGGUUUAUGGGUUAACAUUCACUGACGAAUAUAGUUUGGUUAGCUCAGGUGAGGAUGCUUUUAUCCGUGUUUGGAAGAUAACCCCUCCUUGACUGAUCGAGUUAGAUUUGGAAGAUAAGUAAAUGUGGAAAAAUAUUUGUUGGAUUUCAAAUUUCUUGCUUUAGAAGGCUUCUAAAAUUCAAGACUGAAGAGGAUAUGCUUAUCAUCGUAAGUUGGUCUUAUCACAUUCCUCUUUCAAAUUUCGGUUUGGCAGUCACCUGCAUGAACAUUGCGGUUUAAAGUUGAGGCUAUUUUCUUGUUGCCUUUUAUGAGUAACUGCUUUGUAUGAGUUUCAAUCUCUAGACUUUGAUGGUACCAGUGUACAUCACUAUUUGUCUUGGUUUGCUCUGGAUAAAGCCAAUUUAUGAUACCAAAGAUUUUAAUAGUUGCGAAAUCUGUCAAAAGAAUCUUAUUGUGUACA